GUUCCUGAGAGCAUCUGUCACUUUAGGCAUUACAAGAUGGAUGGGUCUCCAGUGAACUGCUGGUUGAAGCAAAUGGUGAAAAUAAGAAAAGUCAAGGGGUUUCAGGGUCUGCAGAGGGGACAGACAACAAGGAAACACUGUUAGAAAUCAAGAGUAAGCUGAGCAAUAGAGGAAGAGAGCAAAGAUGGAUCAGAUGUCAUUUUAUAAACAUCUUGGAAAUCAGAAUCUUUUGGCUUUCGUGAUCUGAGGGAGACAGCUGCAUCAUGGUGCACAAAAAGCUUUAAACAAGUUAAAAUCUAGGCAACAGACUCCCUGAAGUGUUGACUGCCCAACUUAAUCAUGACUGUGAUUCAAAAAUGUUAUUAAAUAAACCAAGGUGUAGAUCAUGGGGAAUUCGUAUGCUGGGCAACUGAAAUCUGCUCGAUUUGAGGAAGCUCUCCACAACUCCAUAGAAGCCUCACUCAGAUGUAGUAGUGUGGUACCGCGGCCAAUUUUUUCCCAGCUGUACCUGGACCCUGACCAGCAUCCUUUCUCAUCUGCAGAUGUCAAACCCAAGGUGGAGGAUCUGGACAAAGAUUUGGUAAACCGCUACACUCAAAAUGGAAGUCUGGAUUUUUCUAACAAUCUAACAGUUAAUGAAAUGGAAGACGAUGAAGACGAUGAAGAAAUGUCUGAUUCAAACAGUCCACCAAUUCCCUAUUCACAAAAACCUGCCCCAGAAGGAUCUUGCACUACAGAUGGUUUUUGUCAAGCAGGAAAGGAUUUGCGUUUGGUAUCACUGUGUAUGGAACAAAUUGACAUCCCAGCAGGAUUCCUCCUGGUGGGGGCCAAGUCUCCCAAUCUGCCUGAACACAUCCUAGUUUGUGCUGUGGACAAGCGAUUUCUACCGGAUGAUCAUGGAAAAAAUGCACUUUUAGGGUUUUCUGGAAAUUGUAUCGGCUGUGGAGAAAGAGGAUUUCGAUAUUUCACGGAAUUUUCCAACCACAUUAACUUGAAGCUCACCACUCAGCCAAAGAAGCAGAAGCACUUAAAGUACUACCUAGUCAGAAGCUCCCAGGGUGUACUGUCUAAGGGACCUCUUAUCUGCUGGAAAGAAUGUAGAAGCCGACAAUCCUCUGCUUCUUGCCACUCUAUUAAACCAAGCUCUUCAGUGUCAUCAACUGUGACCCCAGAAAAUGGGACAACUAAUGGAUACAAAUCAGGAUUCACUCAGACAGAUGCUGCUAAUGGAAACAGUAGCCAUGGAGGGAAGGGCAGUGCAUCCAGCUCCACUCCAGCCCACACAGGGAAUUACUCUUUGUCACCAAGACCUAGCUAUGCAUCAGGAGACCAAGCUACCAUGUUCAUUUCUGGGCCACCAAAGAAACGACACCGGGGAUGGUAUCCUGGGUCACCUCUCCCCCAACCUGGCUUAGUUGUACCUGUCCCUACAGUUCGUCCUCUUUCAAGAACGGAGCCCCUUUUAUCUGCCCCAGUUCCACAGACCCCACUAACUGGAAUUUUACAACCCAGGCCCAUUCCUGCAGGGGAAACUGUAAUUGUUCCUGAAAACCUGCUGAGUAACUCAGGAGUUAGACCAGUAAUUCUGAUAGGCUAUGGCACUUUACCCUAUUUCUAUGGAAAUGUUGGUGACAUUGUUGUGAGUCCUCUGCUGGUGAAUUGCUACAAGAUUCCACAGUUGGAAAACAAAGAUUUGGAACAAUUAGGGUUGACUGGCAGUCAAUUUCUGAGCGUGGAAAACAUGAUUCUUCUGACGAUACAGUAUCUUGUGCGCCUGGGUCAGCACCAGUCCCGAGCUCUGGCAGAGAGCAUGCUCACCACAAGUGAGUUUUUGAAAGAAAUUAGUUAUGAGCUUAUCACAGGAAAGGUCAGUUUCCUGGCAUCACAUUUCAAAACCACAUCAUUAGGCGAUGACCUAGACAAGCUGCUGGAAAAAAUGCAACAAAGAAGAGGAGACAGUGUGGUUACCCCUUUCAAUGGAGACCUGAAUGAAUGUGUGUCACCCCAGGAGGCUGCUGCUAUGAUUCCCACACAAAACCUGGAUUUAGAUAACGAAACCUUCCAAAUUUAUCAACCGCAGCUAACAGUUGCCAGAAAACUCUUAUCCCAGGUGUGCGCUAUAGCGGACAGUGGCAGCCAGAGCCUGGACCUCGGUCACUUCAGCAAAGUCGACUUCAUCAUCAUUGUCCCCAGAUCGGAGGUGUUGGUUCAGCAAACUCUUCAACGGAUUCGACAAUCAGGUGUCCUUGUAGACUUGGGUCUGGAGGAAAAUGGGACAGCCCAUCAGAGAGCAGAAAAAUAUGUUGUUCGUCUAGACAAUGAGAUUCAAACCAAGUUUGAAGUUUUUAUGAGGAGAGUGAAACAGAACCCGUACACACUGUUUGUGCUAGUUCAUGACAACUCCCAUGUGGAACUAACGAGCGUCAUUUCAGGCUCUUUGUCACAUGGCGAACCCAGUCAUGGACUAGCUGAUAGGGUCAUUAAUUGCAGAGAAGUUCUGGAAGCUUUCAACCUCCUGGUGCUCCAGGUCAGCUCCUUCCCAUACACUCUGCAGACCCAACAGUCCCGCAUUAGCUCUAGCAAUGAGGUUCACUGGAUACAGCUGGAUACCGGGGAGGACGUGGGCUGCGAGGAGAAGCUAUACUUUGGCUUGAAUGAGUACAGCAAGUCUCUGCAGUGGGGGAUCACGAGCCCACUUCUGAGAUGUGACGAGACUUUUGAAAAAAUGGUGAACACACUCUUGGAGAGGUACCCCAGGCUGCACAGCAUGGUCGUCCGCUGCUAUCUUCUCAUCCAGCAGUACUCUGAGGCUCUGAUGGCUCUCACCACCAUGGCGUCACUCCGAGACCACAGCACACCAGAAACACUCAGCAUUAUGGAUGACCUCAUCAGCUCCCCAGGCAAAAACAAAAGUGGGAGGGGACACAUGCUCAUUAUCAGGGUGCCCUCGGUGCAGCUGGCGAUGUUAGCCAAGGAGCGGCUACAGGAGGUGCGCGACAAACUGGGUCUGCAGUAUCGGUUCGAGAUCAUCCUUGGGAACCCGGCCACUGAACUCAGUGUUGCAACUCACUUUGUGGCGCGAUUAAAGAGUUGGAGAGGAAGUGAACCAGAAGAAUGGAUCCCUCGGACAUACCAAGAUUUAGACGGUCUGCCUUGUAUUGUGAUAUUAACUGGCAAAGAUCCUCUUGGAGAGACCUUUCCCAGGUCUUUGAAGUACUGUGACCUCCGGUUAAUUGACUCAAGCUAUUUAACUCGCACGGCCUUGGAGCAGGAGGUGGGUCUGGCAUGCUGCUAUGUCUCUAAAGAGGUCAUCCGGGGACCCACUGUUGCCCUGGACCUCAGCGGGAAGGAGCAGGAGAGAGCUGCUGUCAGUGAGAACGACUCCGAUGAGCUGCUCAUCGACCUGGAGCGGCCCCAGAGCAACAGCAGCGCCGUCACAGGGACCUCGGGUUCCAUCAUGGAGAAUGGAGUGAGCUCUUCCAGCACAGCUGACAAGUCCCAGAAGCAGUCCCUGACCCCCAGCUUCCAGAGCCCAGCCACUAGUCUGGGCCUGGAUGAAGGGGUCUCUGCCAGCUCAGCCGGAGCCGGAGCUGGGGAGACUCAGAAGCAGGAGUGUGACUCCCUGGCCCCCCAGAUGGCGAGCAGCACCACCUCCAAGCCGCCAUCAUCGUCCUCAGGACCCAGGACCCUCCCAUGGCAGGGACAGCCCAUCAGAGGCUGCCGGGGCCCGCAUGCAGCCCUGCCACCAGUGGUGAUCCUAUCCAAAGCGGCCUACAGCCUCCUAGGCUCCCAGAAGAGUGGCAAGCUGCCAUCCUCCUCAUCCCUGCUGCCCCACGCCGACGUGGCCUGGGUGAGUUCCCUGCGGCCGCUCCUGAACAAGGACAUGAGCAGCGAGGAGCAGUCCCUCUACUACAGGCAGUGGACCUCGGCCCGGCAGCACCACGCCGACUACAGCAACCAGCUGGACCCGGCCUCUGGCACCCGAAACUUCCACCCCCGGCGGCUUCUGCUGACAGGGCCCCCACAGGUGGGAAAGACGGGCUCCUAUUUACAGUUCCUCAGGAUCCUCUUCCGCAUGCUCAUCAGGCUCCUGGAGGUGGAUGUGUAUGACGAGGAGGAGAUCAACACCGAUCACAGUGAAAGCAGUGAAGUGAGCCAGUCAGAGGGAGAGCCCUGGCCUGACAUCGAGAGCUUCAGUAAAAUGCCUUUUGAUGUCAGUGUGCAUGACCCCAAGUACACUUUGAUGAGCCUGGUGUAUACUGAGAAGCUGGCAGGGGUCAAACAAGAAGUGAUAAAGGAAUCCAAAGUUGAAGAGCCCAGGAAACGGGAAACUGUGUCCAUAAUGCUGACCAAAUAUGCAGCCUAUAACACCUUUCACCACUGUGAACAGUGCCGCCAGUACAUGGACUUCACCUCUGCCUCCCAGAUGUCUGACUCCACCCUUCAUGCCUUCACAUUCUCUUCCUCUAUGCUGGGAGAAGAGGUUCAGCUCUAUUUCAUCAUUCCCAAAUCCAAAGAGAGUCAUUUUGUCUUCAGCAAGCAGGGCAAGCACCUGGAGAGCAUGCGGCUGCCCUUGGUUUCAGACAAGAAUUUGAAUGCAGUCAAGAGCCCUAUUUUCACUCCUUCCAGUGGUCGACAUGAGCACGGACUCCUAAACCUCUUCCACGCCAUGGAGGGCAUCAGCCACCUUCACCUCCUCGUGGUCAAAGAGUAUGAGAUGCCUCUGUACCGCAAGUACUGGCCCAACCACAUCAUGCUGGUGCUUCCCGGCAUGUUCAAUAAUGCAGGCGUGGGUGCUGCCAGGUUCCUCAUUAAGGAGCUAUCAUAUCACAACCUAGAAUUGGAGAGAAACCGCCUGGAGGAGCUAGGCAUUAAACGCCAGUGUGUCUGGCCUUUCAUCGUCAUGAUGGAUGACUCAUGUGUCCUAUGGAACAUUCACAGUGUUCAGGAGCCAUCCAGCCAGCCUGUGGAAGUAGCAGUUUCCAGUAAGAAUGUUUCCUUGAAGACUGUCUUACAGCACAUUGAAGCCACACCAAAAAUUGUCCACUAUGCAAUCUUGGGCAUACAGAAAUGGAGCAGCAAGCUGACUUCUCAGAGCCUAAAGGCCCCAUUCUCUAGGUGUCACGUGCAUGAUUUCAUUCUCCUCAACAUAGACUUGACUCAGAAUGUGCAGUAUGACUUCAACAGGUAUUUCUGUGAAGAUGUUGACUUUAAUCUGAGAACUAACAGUAGUGGCCUGCUCAUCUGCCGCUUUAAUAACUUCAGUCUCAUGAAGAAACAUGUUCAGGUUGGAGGGCAAAGGGACUUUAUCAUUAAACCAAAGAUCAUGGUGUCAGAGAGCUUAGCACCCAUCUUGCCCCUUCAAUACAUCUGCGCUCCCGACAGUGAACACACGCUACUGGCAGCCCCUGCACAGUUUCUCCUGGAGAAAUUCCUUCAGCACGCCUCAUAUAAACUCUUCCCCAAAGCCAUCCAUAACUUCAGGAGUCCCGUGCUGGCCAUUGACUGCUACCUUAACAUUGGACCAGAGGUGGCCAUAUGCUAUAUCAGCUCCAGACCCCACUCCAGCAAUGUCAACUGUGAAGGGGUGUUUUUCAGUGGACUCCUUUUGUACCUCUGUGACUCUUUUGUAGGUGCUGAUCUUCUUAAGAAAUUUAAAUUUCUAAAAGGUGCUACCCUGUGUGUCAUCUGCCAAGACAGAAGUUCCUUGCGCCAAACGAUUGUCCGCUUAGAGCUAGAAGAUGAGUGGCAGUUCCGCCUCCGGGACGAGUUUCAAACUGCUAACAGCAGUGAAGACAAGCCUCUCUACUUUCUUACUGGACGUCACGUAUGAGCUUUUGAA